CCUCUGGCGGCGCGCGCCGCUCGGACAACGCGGGCACCAUGGGCUGCUGCACCGGGCGCUGUGCGCUCAUCGGCCUCUGCGCGCUGCAGCUGCUCUCAGCCUUAGAGAGGCAGAUCUUUGACUUCCUCGGCUUCCAAUGGGCGCCCAUCCUUGGAAAUUUUCUACAUAUAAUAGUCGUCAUAUUGGGUUUGUUUGGAACCAUUCAGUACAGACCUCGAUAUAUCGUGGUGUAUACAGUAUGGACUGCCCUCUGGGUCACCUGGAAUGUGUUCAUUAUCUGCUUCUAUUUGGAAGUAGGUGGGCUCUCUAAGGAUACGGAUCUAAUGACAUUCAACAUCUCUGUACACCGGUCGUGGUGGCGGGAACACGGGCCUGGCUGUGUCCGAAGAGUGCUGCCCCCGUCAGCCCACGGCAUGAUGGACGAUUACACGUAUGUCUCCGUCACCGGCUGCAUCGUCGACUUCCAGUACCUGGAGGUCAUCCACAGUGCCGUCCAAAUACUCCUCUCUUUGGUUGGUUUUGUGUAUGCCUGUUAUGUGAUCAGUAUUUUCAUGGAAGAAGAGGACACCUUUGAUUUCAUAGGCGGACUUGAUGCACACUCCUCCUACCAGGACCAUGUUGAGUUAAAGCCUGUUCAUCUGUCGAAAUAAGUAAUGACGCUGACUCUGAAAAUGCGGCUGCUGAACUUGACUUCGGAAGCAAAGCACCAAUGACAGCACCUCUCCGCGUUGACACGUCUCACUUUCUUCCAGAGGACGGACCGCACCUCCCCGCUUUCCCACGAAUCACAGAGUCCUCCAGGCACAGCCUAUGUGUUAUUAGCAUUGUUCGCUAGAUGAGUCGUAGGUGCUUGGGUGGGUGUUUUUUUAGUCAUUUCCUUCUUAUAUGAAUACUUGUAAAUUGUACCCCAAAACUGGUUUUUAAUCUUUUAACAAUAUUUAAUGUGAGCCAUGCAAAAUGAAAAACAUUCUGUGAAAGCCUUCCCCAGUCAAUUCUAAGAGAAACGUGGGUUUGUGUAGUUGAGAUGUCAAGUCGCCAUUGCUGACUGUGGUAGUCUCAGGCCUGACGGGAGUUCUCACAGGGGAUGUUACCCGGGGUUCCUCGGCAGGAAGUUAGAUGCGGUGACAGCGGAUAAAUGGGUACAGAUAGUGGAUGGGGCUUUCAGACUGAGUACAGAUCAUUUUUUCAACACCACAGACAAAAUAGAGAGUCCUCCUUUGUUCUCGACUUUCCAAAACCCAGAAUCAUAUUAUGGCAAUCUAAAUGUUCAGAUGCAUGCAUGAUAUCUUGUCCUUCCUAUGUUCUGAAAAAAUAUAUAUCAUGGGCGUAUGAAAGAGUGAAAUGACCAGUAGAACACCUUUCCCAUUUGGAGGGAAUCUGGUAUCUCUGAGGUUCAGCUCUUCUACCCUCUAUCCCAGUCCUGACACUGGCGUCAGACCUAAAUAUACAGCUUAUAGGUUUAUGGGACAGAAGUC